AUGAAAGUGGUCGAUGUGGAUACGUACAAGAAUCUCUACAUCGGCUAUGUGAUCAAACAACGUGGCUGUCCUGAAUUGAGAACCUAUGACGAUGUGAGCAACACCGAGUGGUGCAGAGGUUACCCAGGUCUCUAUCGCCCAUUGGCGUGGAUUUGCCCGGAAACUUGCGGGUGUAAAUCUUCGGGCGACGCCGACCGCGACAAGUUCUGCUUCGGCCACGACUAUUGCCCCUUUACCGUGCCCGAAAACGUGACCCACAGUGAUGCGCAAGCUUACCUGCGUCGGAUUGAUCGCUUCCGCAUCUUCUUGCACACGCCGAUGAUUCAGUUUGGUGGCCACAAAUUGCCGUAA